UACAUCUAACAAAAUUUAUCUACAUUUUGAAUUUAUAGUUGUUUUUAGAAGGAAGAUGAUCUAGAAAAGAAUAAAAGAGAACCCUAAUGUGGUGUUUUGCGGGAUGUUUAAGUUAGCAUUUAACAAAGGGUUUAGAAUAUAUUAUAGAUGGAAAGAUGAGUUAUGUUGAGUGUUGCUUAUGACAUCUUAUUUAUAGUAGAGUGGACUUGGAGUUUUGAACUUACAAAGGAUUAAUAGAGAAUACAAAUUGAGACCAAUCAAAUGGAUUUAAAAUGACCAUCCUCGACUUCGAUAUCCGAAAUUGAGGAGGGUAAGUUGGGCCAAAUGACCCGCCCAACUCUAAGCCAAGGCCUAGGUGGUCAAGUUUGGUAACACCUCUCCCUUCCUUAGAUUUAUUUCCUUCUCUGCUUGAUGCUUCUUUCUCACACUUUUCUUGUUAUUGUUUCCAAUUUACCCUUAAACAUGUUACUAGGAAUAAACGAAAGAAAGCUUUAAAAAACCAUUAAAAAUAUUAUUCUCAAACCAUUUCAACAUCAAACCCAUAUUACCAAAAUAACUAAUAUAAAAUCAAAGAUGAAUGAACAUAAUGGAGAUCAUUUAAUCAUAUAAAAGUUUGCUACAUUACGUUUGAAGAUUUGUCAUUUACAAAUUAUUGAACAAUUUAUAUUAUUAAAAAAAGACUUACAUUAUUAGUUUAUUUUUAUUUGAAAAAAGGGUUUAUCUUUACUUGUGAACGGAAGGACAUAUCAGUAAUUCUAUACCACCCACUUCUCAAUCAUCAUCUUCUUCAGAUUCAAUUCCGAUGCCCUUUUUGGAAUCUCCAAGGAUUCCGGUCAAGUAAAUGGUGACUCACUGCAUUAACCUCCAUCUCCACCGCCACAUUUUCCACCUCCCUCCUUCUUUCUCCACCCUCCGCUACCGCCCCACCGCCUCUCCCUCUCCUCUACCCUUUUCUCCGAUCACCCCCAAAUUACUUCUCAAACGUCGCUCUAAUCUUCAAUUCACCUCUCCCAUGGCCUCCGCCACCGCCAAUCCACCGGAAGAUACUCAGAACGAAGAUUCCGGCAAAGAAGAUCUCCGCCCAACAACGCUGGAGCAGAGAACGCUUUCGUGGCCGGAGAUGGCCCUGCUCUGGAUUGGCCUCAUCGUUGGAGUUCCAUCUUAUUAUCUCGCUGGAAGCUUAGUCGAUCUUGGAAUGUCGUGGUGGCAGGGUAUUGCCACCGUCGUCGCUGCCAACGCUGUAACCUUAAUUGCCCUAAUUCUCAACGGCCAUCCAGGUACUAAAUACGGCAUCUCUUUCCCUGUUUUUGCUCGAUCGUCAUUUGGAAUCCAUGGCGCACAUAUCCCUACACUUCUCAGAGCACUGAUUGGUUGUGGGUGGUACGGCAUCGAAACGUGGAUCGCCGGUGAGGCCAUUUCUCUUCUAUUACCUCAAAGUAUCAAGAAAUCCGCAUUUUCACAGACUCUUCCAUGGUUAGGAACUUCUCCUCUUGCAUUUACUUGCUUUUUAGGCUUUUGGGUUAUUCAAUUAGCAAGUGUUUGGAAAGGAAUGGAUGGAAUUCGUAAACUCGAAACCUUCUCUGCUCCGAUUCUUGUUUUUCUCACCGUUUGUCUCUUGAUUUGGUCUUGCGUUAAAGCCGGUGGAUUUGGGCAUAUGCUUUCUUUAACCUCCAAAUUAUCUUUCUCUGAAUUUUGGGCUCUGUUUUUUCCUUCACUUACGGCUAAUAUAAGCUUUUGGGCUACUCUGGCUUUGAAUAUCCCUGAUUUCACUCGCUAUGCCAAAAGCCAAAAAGACCAAAUUAUCGGCCAAUUGGGGCUUCCAAUUUUCAUGGGGGCGUUCACUUUUGUCGGCGUUGCUGUCACUUCCUCCACCGGAGUGAUUUUUGGACAUAUAAUUUCGAACCCAAUCGAUCUUCUUGACCAUAUUGGGGGUUUUGCCACUAAAGUCUUGGCAAUUUUUGGGAUUAUUUUAGCCACCGUGACCACAAAUGUCGCCGCCAAUGUGGUGGCGCCAGCCAAUGCGUUGGUGAAUCUCAGUCCUUCUUAUUUCACUUUCACCAGAGGGGCUCUUCUGACUGCUGUGAUCGGAAUUCUGUUUCAGCCAUGGAGACUUUUGAGCUCGAGUGAGAGCUUCGUUUACACUUGGCUUGUAGGGUAUUCAGCACUGUUGGGUCCGAUCGGCGGCGUGAUGAUGACGGAUUACUAUUUGAUACGGGGGAAGGAACUGAGUGUUGAGGAUCUGUACUCUACGAGUCCGACAGCGGCUUAUUACUACUCCGGUGGGUUUAAUUUAGUAGCUGUGGUGGCGCUGGUGGUCGGAGUGUUGCCGGUGAUACCUGGAUUUUUGGAGAAGGUGGAGCUUGUGUCGAAAGUUCCGAAAGUAUUCAGUGUUAUAUAUGGGAGUGCAUGGUUUGUGAGUACGUUUUUGGCUGGAUUUUGCUAUUGGGGUCUCUCUGUUUUGUUGAAACGGCGAAAAGCUUCUCUCCGCUUUGGGCCUCCUCUGCUUUGAGUUAUUCAAAUUGCUGUGCACCGCUCUUAAACAAUUAAUAAAUAAUUUGUCAAAUUAUUGUAGAAAAUAUAUAAAUACUUAUGCCAAAUUAUUUGAAAUAUAGUUAAUUUAAAUAGUUUUCAUGUGGUUAAAAUUCAAAUUUGAGGCUGGUCAUGUCUGUGGUUUUCUUUCUUUCAUUUCUAUGAAUAUUUUGGUCCUAUAUACUUUCUAUUA